CUUUCUUCUCUCUCUCGCCGUCAAUCUAGUCUAGUCCCCCAUCUUCUCAUUUCUCUUCCUUCUUCUCAAUGUUAUCAUCGAUACUCAAUACUCGAAGGUCACGCGAGUUACAUCAAUGGAGGAACUUAAUAUCUCCACUAUCAAAUCUCCUCCUCCCACAAACCUCACCUGCUCUUGCUUCUCCCUUCUCUUCCGCCACCGCAUCAGAUCUAACCCCCGAAGACGAACGAAAACGAAAGACUUUCACAGUCCAUUACCUCAUCAACUCCUUGGGGCUAACUCCAAAACUCGCCGAAUCGAUCUCAUCGAAAGCCAACUUCGACUCUAAACAAAACCCAGACUCGGUCCUGAAACUCCUCAGAAGCUACGGAUUCGCCGACCCGCAAAUCUCCGCCAUCAUCGCCACCUACCCACGCUUCCUCGUCGAAAACCCCGAGAAAACCCUCCGCGCGAAGCUCCACUUCCUCAAGCUCAACGGGGCCUCGAGCUCCGAGAUCACGGAGAUCGUCUCGAAAGUCCCCAAGAUCUUAGGAAAAAGAGGACACGUGUCAAUCACUGGUUACUUCGAUUACGUCAAAGAGAUUCUCCAAGAUCAAGACAAUGUGAAGCAGACGAACAGGACACGGAACGUGUCUGUUCUGAGAGAGCUUGGAGUGCCGCACAAGCUAUUGCUCAACUUGCUGAUCUCCAAAGCUAAGCCAGUCUGCGGGAAAGAGAGGUUCGAGGAGUCGGUGGAGAAGAUCGUCUCCAUGGGGUUUGAUCCUACCUCCAAAAAGUUCGUCAACGCUCUCUACGUUUUCUACGAGCUGAGCGAGAAGACUAUAGAGAUGAAAGUGUGUAUCUACAAAAAGCUAGGAUUUAGCGUUGACGAGGUCUGGUCAACGUUCAAGAAAUGGCCUUACUUGCUGAAGUACUCGGAGAAGAAGAUUACUCAGACGUUCGAGACUUUGAGAGAGUGCGGCUUAACGGAAGAGGAGGUGCGUGCGGUAGUUAAGAAGUAUCCGGAAUGCGUAGGCACUUCGGAGGAGAAGAUUGUGGGUUCGGUCGACACUUUUGUCGAGCUGGGGUUCACUGGAGAGGAGGCGUUGAUGAUUAUCAAGAGACAUCCUCAGUGUAUUGGAUUGGCUUCGGAUACGGUGAAGAGUAAGAUAGAGUUUCUUGUGGGGAAGAUGGGUUGGGCUUUGAAGGAUGUGGCUUCGACACCUAUUGUCCUUGGAUUCAGCUUGGAGAAGUUCAUUUUGCCGAGGUGUAAUGUGAUCAGAGCUCUUGUGUCGAAAGGGCUGAUCGGUGAAAUGCCUGCGAUUUCGUCUGCGUUGACGAGUCCUAAGCUGAGGUUUUUGAAGAAUUUUGUGAAGAAGCAUGAGGAGGUGGCGCCUGAGUUGAUCUCUAUCUUCACUGGAGAUUGUGUUUCAAUAGCAUUAUGAAGAACAACAGCACAACGUCAAGGAUGUGUUUGUUUUGGUUUUGCAUUAUUGAAAUGUAUUAUGGGACUUCUUGGUUGUAAAGAAAACACCUUGGGGAGAUUCACUUACAGCGAGAUAAUAAAGAAAGAUUGAUUUGAAAUUUUGAUU